AUGAGCAAAACUAAUCUUGAUGAGUACGAGUUAAUUGAUGGCUCGUUUUCAACAGGAUGUAGUCAGGAGAUUGAAUUUAUUGCGCAGUCUCUGGUUGAUCUGGUUGAGGCUUCACCUGAGCUUUUGAAAAUGGAUGGAAAGGUUGAUCUAGAGGUUGAAGGGCGCAUAGGAACUUUAAUUAAUGAGACCACCAAAGAAAAGGUCAUGCUACCUGUAGAGGGGAUGUCUCUACUACCUCCAAGUGAAAAGGAGUUUUCUUACCGAUUUUCGCCGGGAGUAGAGAAAUGGCAAAUGACAAGUGUCUUGGAAGAAUUAAGAAAAGAUUUUGACGAAUCUAAAGUCCCAUAUCUAAUCAAAAAUAGGAAUACUAGUGACUACUAUAUUCAUAAUCCAAACAAUUCCGAAGGAGAAGAUAGGUCUCUGAUCAGACUGAGCUAUAUAUCUCCAAAAAACCAGAAAGAUAAGCCAGUGGAAGCUAUUUGGAAAGAAAAGAUUGCUGUUUUUGACUUUUGUUCUCCUGGCCAAUCUGGGGACUUAGAAACUAAGUAUAACAUUGAGAAUGGGACAUUACUUAGAGACUUUAGAAUUGCAAUCAAUCUCGAACACAAGGAGAAUCCUGUAGAAAUUGCUAACGGUGUUACUGGUCCAAUUGAAAAUUCAUGUGUUUUGGAAAGAAGAAGAGAAAGAGAAACAAUUGAGGUUUCAAACUUUGUCUUAGAUUCAACUCAUGUAGUACAGAUUGAAAGCCGUAGAGGAUAUAGGCAAUGUGAAACUUAUGAGCUAGAGUUGGAGCUUAAACCCUCCCACUUUAUUCCUCUAUUAAAAUCAUAUAUUGAGGAUAUCAACAGUGGGAAACUGAGAAUAAUAGGAACUCAUCCUUUUAUUAAACUACUUACUAAUUUUGUCAAUUUAGUUUUUGGAAUUACUCUAUUUCUUAAUAAUAAGAAGUCAAAUGAACAAAUGGAAUCCGUUUCUGCACAAAACACAGGUGGAAACGAAAAUCAAAUCAUGGACUUAACUAGUUGUGGACAAUCUAAUGAAAUGGUCCAAGCAUUCAAGAAAUAUGUCUCUCCCAUUACCCCUAUCCUAGGGGAUUAUCUUUACAGAGCUGUAGCUAGUGAGAAGCUAAAGCUUAAUAGACCACAAGACAUAUUGUGCAAAGAUGAUGUAGACAUUUCACUCGGAAUAAAGCCUUUACCUCCAGAUAAUAAAGAACUCUAA